UUUGUUAUUUACCGAAUAUGCUAUUUAUGUGUUUGAAUUCUUAUUAGAUUUACUGUGCACUAGCACACGGUUUCAUUUUUAUUACUUAUGACUGGUUAAUUGUAAGAUAACACGCAAGUGAUUAAGAAAAACACAAUACCACGUAUCGUUAACGAAAAAGUAUACGAAUAACGAAAAGGGUCUAUGAAAAAUGAUUACUACUACAACAGAUAAUGAGAAAAAAGGCUUAAAGCUUACAUUAUCACUUUUAUUAUCACUUUAUACAUUAACUGUCUUUUUCAAUUUAUUUAUACCGUGCCAGUCACAAUUCCAUGAUCAUUACUACGAUCAUGAUCAUAGACAUAUCGACGAGUCUCCAAGCUUUAAGUAUUCUAAGGAGGCUAACGAGCAUUUAAUUGAAAAAAUGGCACAUGCUCAUGAUCAUGAUUCUGAUGAAAAUCCUGAUCACCGACAUCAUUUUGAUAAAGAUAAGAACCCACAUUGGCGACCUCUUUCAGAUUAUAUUAACCAUUUAGGAGAUGUAUUUGUACAAGCAAUGGGAUCGACCUUUAUAAUAUCCAUGGUACCAUUCUUGACAUUAUAUUUUAUUCCUGUGGGUAAUACUAAAGAAUGCGAACCUCUAUUGAAAAUAUUAUUAAGUUUCGCCUCGGGUGGUUUGCUCGGUGACGCCUUUCUUCACUUGAUACCUCACGCUCUAUCGCGUGAACACGAUCAUAAUCACUCCCAUGAACCGAAAGGUGACCAUUUACAUGAUACAUCCGUAGGUUUAUGCGUAUUGGGUGGUAUUAUUAUGUUCCUACUCGUUGAAAAGACUGUUCAUCUAAUCAAAGGAGGCCAUAGUCAUAGUCAUAAUGCACCUGAAAAGAAAAUACAACAAGAAACCAGUAACGAAAAGAACGAUACCAGUGAAAAAAAUGAAAAAGAUAAUAGUGACAGUCUCGGUAAAGAAUAUGAGAGUGAAGAAGUCGUUAAUGAUAUUAAAGUUGCAGGCUAUUUAAAUUUGGCCGCCGACUUUCUACAUAACUUCACAGAUGGUUUAGCAAUAGGUGCAAGUUAUUUGGCAGGAAAUACAGUCGGAUACGUAACUACUUUUACAAUAUUAUUGCACGAAGUUCCUCAUGAAAUUGGUGAUUUUGCUAUUCUCGUACAAAGCGGAUGUAGUAAGCCAAAGGCUAUAAUGUUACAGUUAGUAACUGCUGUCGGUGCUUUAUUAGGAACAUUUAUAUCUCUACUUGUUGGUGGAAUAGAUGAUCUUGCUGCAAGGUGGAUUCUGCCUUUUACGGCAGGCGGUUUUAUUUACAUUGCUACCGUUUCUGUGAUUCCUGAGUUAUUAACAAAUACAAAGUUCUGGCAGUCAGUAAAAGAAAUUAUUGCAAUUCUUGUUGGUGUAUCUAUAAUGGUACUUGUUUCAGAGUACGAAUAAAUUUAAGAAUUUUAUAAAACAAUUAUUUUUGUGCAAUUUUACAUUUUUAUU